CACUAACAAUGAAGAAAUGGGCGGUAUUUCGGAGACGGAAGUUGAAUUAAUCAGUCUUUGAGGAGCUUGGGGGAACGCUAAAAAAGAACCCCGCCAACCAGAUGAAGUUUAUUUCCAGUUAGGAGGCAGAGGGAUGCACCCAAACUCGUGAGAUUCCCCCUUAGCUCUGGCUCAAGUCGGUCUUGUGGUCCCUGUUGAGAAACAGUUCGAGGGGUAAUGGGGAUGGAUGGAUUUGCUUAUUCUGUUAUGAGAAUAUCUGAGACAGGCACUGUUCAAACUUCUUCGCCGCGCUCAACAUGGCCACAAUGGGGCCACGCCGCAAAUGGCUGAACCGUGGAUCGUGGCUGGAGAGACUUCUUACCCAAAAAUGGAGAUGGGUGGGGGAGAGAAAGUGUCAAUCACAGCACAGUCCCUCCCCCAAAAUGCCGCUAGGGCCAAUUAGCAACCAGCAGGGCGGGUGAAAGGCCAGGGGAGGAGGCUGCCGUUGCCCCAGCAACAACCUGGGAGGCUGGAGGCGGGAGCGGUCUUGGAGAGAUCUGCGCCUCAGCUCUCUCGCUGCCAGGAAGGUCCUAGGAGAGGCGUGAGCCAGACCUGGGAGGUCAACCCCUGCGGAGAGAGGGACAGCUCAGGCCCAUGAACUCCAAUCCCCGCCAGCGCUCUCGCCUCUCCUAACCGUUAAGUACUCUGAGGGCAAUGGCUGAGGUGCACGUGAUCGGACAGAUCAUGGGGGCCACCGGUUUCUCGGAAAGUAGCCUGUUCUGCAAGUGGGGCAUCCACACAGGGGCAGCAUGGAAGCUCCUGUCAGGCGUGCGGGAGGGCCAAACACAGGUGGACACUCCCCAGAUAGGGGACAUGGCCUACUGGUCCCACCCCAUCGACCUGCACUUCGCCACCAAAGGCCUUCAAGGCUGGCCCCGGCUCCAUCUCCAGGUGUGGUCCCAGGACAGCUUCGGCCGCUGCCAGCUUGCAGGCUAUGGCUUUUGCCAUGUGCCCAGCAGUCCAGGCACCCACUGGCUGGACUGCCCCACGUGGCGGCCCCUGGGCAGCUGGCGAGAGCAGCUGGCGAGGGCCUUUGUGGGUGGCGGCCCUCAGCUGCUGCACGGAGAUGCCAUCUACAGUGGGGCUGACCGCUAUCGCCUGCACACCACCUCUGGUGGUACCGUGCACCUUGAGCUGAGCCUGCUGCUGCGCCACUUCGAUCGCUAUGGGGUCGAAUGCUGAAGGAGCCUGUACGGAUGACUGGCCCCCAGCCAUGUCUUGGGACACCCCAUAAGGGGCAGGAUGGUGCAGUAGUCAGAAGUGUGGCUUUGGAGACUGUCAGACCUGACCCCAGCCAAAGCUGGUGUGGCUUCUAUCCUGACUAGCACCUCAAGCCCAGUGGCUGCCCCUCCCAGGUCCAGUUUCCCCAUCUGUAAAAUGGGGGCAGUAGGUGUGUGGGCUCACGGGGGUUGGGUGCAGAGAAGCUGCGGACACAUGGAGGGGCUCAAUAAAGGUGUGUUUUUC